CCAGCGUGGCUCUGGCCGCGCUGGGGCAGCGCGCCUGCUCCCGUGCAAUGCCUCUCCCUUAAGAACACGUGGAUGCCCGACCUGUUGCUAAUGAGUGCGGCUUCAUCUGCUGGUUUCGUUCUGAGGCACGUCGCCUUGCUCUAUGCAGUGCCUGUUUGCGGCGCGUUACUGGUGGAUGAACACGUGGCAGGUGGGCAGUAUCCAGCUGCCUGCGGCAACUCUGCCGCAGUGCCAGCGGAGCUGUUUUGCGUGUCAACUCUUCGAGUACUUGGCAUUUGGCAUGCUACCACGUGUCAACCUGCCCAGGGGGCGGAUUUAGAUUGCCACUGGAACACGGACACGCGGGACGAGUAUGACGCGCUGUCUGAUUCUUGGUCCGGCAAGGGCAGCUGGCCUUGCAGCCAUCUGCCUGGCUUCAUGUCGCACCACGGCGCGGAGAAGACCGUAUUGUGCAUUGGGGACUCUAUCACAGCUGGCUCAGGCGUGAGUAAGAAGAAAGAGGCUUACCCAGUCGUCCUCCAUCGGCUGCUGAACCGUGGGGGCAAUGGCUACAAUGUAGCCAGCCUCUCGGUUCCAGGCGCGUUUUUGCAGAAGAAACAAUGGUCGAGCAGCUGGAAUCUAUCGCACCGCUCCAUCUGGAACUUGCCACACUGGAAGGUGGCCCUGGGCGCCGCCUUCGACAUUGCGGUCCUGCAGCUGGGCACAAACGACGCCCAGGACGUACUUUGGAACGAGGGGACCUUCAGGGCGGAUUACGUAGAGAUGAUCCGGCUGUUGAAGGAGGCCCAGCCCCAGGCCAAAUUCAUCGCCGGGAUCCCCCCGCCGAGUGGGGAGAACAUCUACGGCAUCAACCCAGGCACAACCCACGGCUCGCUUCCCGACGCCAUCCGCAGGGUGAUGAAGGAGCUCGGCGUGGAGGUCGUUGACAAUGCCCAGAGGUUCGCUCACCAGGAGGCGGAGGACCUGAUGACGGAGGACAACGUGCACCCCUCCGCCGCCGGGCACGCGGCGAUGGCCGCGGGCUUCGCGGCGGCCAUCGGCCGGCUGCCGCCGGCGUGA